CUUCUGCUAAGUCAAAAGCGAUAUGCAGGUGCACACUUAGAAUGGACAUGAUUGUAAAUUUUUGAAGAAAUCGAUUCAAACAUACCUUUUUAAUUUUCCCACUUGUCAGAAAAGGGGCAGACUUCGUACAUUACAGGAUCUCAAAACACCCAAAUGAAACCCAUCAAGCUGAUUCUUGUAGUUUUGCUCCUCUACCAGACAGAUGGAUUAAGAAACCUAACUUUUAAGCAAGUCACAAUUUCACAACAUGCAAAGAUGGUUCCCGAAAUCCCUCAAGACAACAUCAUCUUGUCGUGGAUGAAUACGGAGGCUGCAUUAAAGAAAGCGUACUUGAACCUGAUUAAAAGUUUAUUAACGAAUUCAUUCGGCUUGUCUCUCACUACUAAUAUAUCUCAAAAUUGUACUCACAGUUUAAUUGAAUACUUAAAUGGAUUGAGGAAUAUGAAAACCUGGGCUUUCAAAAUGUUCGAUUCAUCUGGAAAAAUAGCAAAUGGGGUGAUUGGUGGAAAUCCCACGGCGUUUGGUGAUUUCGAGACUUGUCUUGAAAUAGAAUCUCCCAGCGGAAAAUUUAAAGGACAGUAUUGCGAUAUUGAUUUUGUUCCAUUAUUGCCGGAAAGAGAAAUGAUGUCACCAGCAGAAAAGCCAAUAAAAAUCAUUGAUACACUAUUUGAGCCUGGCACAUUGUCUGAUACCUUAGCAAAAAUGGCUAAUUAUCUCUAUACUACUCAACUACGCUUAAAUGCCUGUCUCCCUUCAACUUGUUCAAAAGAAGACGUAACAGCCUUGUUUUCUAGCGGUUUGGCGUAUAGGAAGAGCGGAAAUAAAUUAAUUGUACCACAUUGUGACAUUAAAGAAAAGCUGGAACUUACAGCCACGGAGAUUUUUAUUUACACAUUAUUCAUCGUUUUAAUCUGCUUGGUGGUACUGGGAACCUCAUUGGAUAUUCUUUUCAGAAAUAAACCAAAACGUGAUUUUCAAACAAAUAACAAGAGCACAGCAAUAAAGGCAUUAUUAUGCUUUUCUGCAUACACAAACACUAUUAGACUUUUAAAGGUUGACAACAAUCCAGAUACUCUACACAUAUUCCAUGGUCUUCGAGUAUUCUCUAUGACUUGGAUAAUAUGGAGUCAUUCAUAUCUUGUUUGCAGUUACCGAGCAUUUGAUGGAGGCUUUCGCAGCAGAAGCUUAGGAAAAGAAUUUAUCUUCCAGACUGUACCCUGGGGAUUUUUAGCGGUUGAAAACUUUUUCUUUAUGAGCUCAGUUCUUCUCUCGUACAUUUGCGUCCGAAUAAAAGGAAGGAUCAGUAUGCCAUCACUCUUCCUGAAGAGGUAUCUCAGGUUGACUCCAACAAUGAUGCUAGUUGUAGCUCUCUUUUCGAUUAUUGGACGUUUUGGCUCUGGACCUCUGUGGAAAGAAAUUGUUACUGAUUCAUUGAGCAAGAACUGCUUAGAACGAGGAUGGGUGAAUUUGUUUCACGUUAACAACUUUUUUUAUUCUUCAAAAACAUGCAUGGGAUGGACUUGGUAUUUAUCUACAGACACCCAAAUAUUUUUAGUGUGUUUAUGUAUCUGCGCCAUCAUGAGACGGAGGUCAGGAAGAGGAUUCUUAUUAGCUGGAUUGAUAGUAGUUAUGGGUGUUUUGCUAUCAGCAUGUUCUCAUCUAUAUUACAAACUUCCUCCAACUUAUCUUCUUUCCUAUUUGCAUUUCGAUGAUUGGUUUUUUUAUGCUGUCAAAGGAUACACACAACCUCAUUUUCACAUUCCUGUUAGUGCUGUUGGAUUAAUUGUUGGUUACAUCUUGGCGACAAAAAGAGGCCAUAUACCAAAACGGAUCAAUGCCAUAGGAUGGUUUUUGUCACUUAUGGCAUUCCUUAGUAUAAUUACUUUGAACUAUAAGUGGAACCAAGGAAUGGAACAUGAAUCAGGCCUCUUUGUUUCAACUUUAUAUGGCUGUACUAACAGACUGGCUUGGGGUCUGUGCCUAGCAUUUAUGACAUUAUCCUGUAGUUGGGGUCAAGGCGGUAAGUUAAUUUCUUGCAGUUUAAGAGAAAAAAUUCACUAUCUUUUGGAUGCGAAAAAUCUUCUAUGA